UAAUUGUGGCAACCUAUGCGAUGAGAUGUGCGAAAAUUCCUAUAAAAGAUGACUGCUAUGCAGUUGACUGCACUCUUUAAAUUCAGUCUCCAAAAUGAACGGGCUGCUUGUCGUGACUGUCUUGCUGAUCAUCGGUCCACUAUACGUUUUUCCUCUUCAAGAUGACGUUAAAGAAGAGUGCAUACAAGAGGUUGGUUUGAACAAAGAAAACUUGCGUAGCAAAGUCAAUUGCUAUUUUAGGUGUAUAUUUGAAAGGCAGAACGUGAUUGUCAAUGGAACGAUCAAUUUAUUUUAUAUUAAGGGCGCAAAAACUUGCGAAGACAUACAGAACGACGACCCAUGUAGACAAGCAUUUCUACUUCAAAGGUGCCUCAAAGCAAACUUGAGUGAUGAAGAAUUCUCUCUGUUGGCACCAUAUUACCACUACCCGCGUUUUGAUUGAUAAAGAAUUAAUACAGUUUGAAUAUAUAUUUGGACUUAAAAAUU